AUGUCUGGGCGUGGAAAGCAAGGCGGGAAGGCGCGUGCCAAGGCUAAGUCACGAUCGUCGCGAGCUGGCUUGCAGUUCCCUGUGGGCCGCGUUCACCGUUUACUGCGGAAGGGCAACUACGCGGAACGGGUGGGCGCCGGCGCCCCCGUGUACCUGGCAGCCGUACUGGAGUACCUGACGGCUGAGAUCCUGGAGCUGGCGGGCAACGCAGCUCGUGACAACAAGAAGACUCGCAUCAUCCCGCGGCACCUGCAGCUCGCCAUCCGCAACGACGAGGAGCUCAACAAGCUGCUGGGCAAGGUGACGAUCGCGCAGGGUGGUGUGCUGCCCAAUAUUCAGGCUGUGCUGCUGCCCAAGAAGACCGACAGCCAUAAGGCAAAAAGCAAGUAAAAACUGAGGAAGGCUCCCACUUCAAAAGUUAACACAAAGGCUCUUUUUAGAGCCACCCACUUUCUCAUAAAAGGAGCU